GGCGAGCGUGCGACGGCGUACCAGAGCUACGAGGAUGAGUUCGUCGCCAUGCUCACCAAGAUGCAGGCCGACAUCCCCGUGGCAGACUCCACUGAGAACAAGGAGCUCAGCGCGGCUGAGCAGGCGGAGCUCGAUAAGGAGUACGACGAGACGCUCGAGGUCUGGGCUGCCGAGGGCUUCCCGAAGGUCGCGUCCGACUCCAGGCUCGGCAAGCGGUUCGCCAGGAUGCUGAAGCACUACGUCGAGAAGAAGGCAGCCCACCACAAGAAGAGCGACGACGACAAGGCCGCGGAGCGCCGCGACUGGUGCUCAAAGGAGUACGAGGAGUACCAGGCGAGCAGGCAGAGGAUCUCUGACAAGUACAAGACAGAGAGGCGCCUCGGGAAGUGGCACAACUUCGACUCCUUGGUGUCGGCCGAGAGCGGAGGUGCCGCGUUCCCAUCCCAGGCGUGCAUCAGGGGCGCGGUGAACAUCGCCAAGGAGUGCAUCAGGCACCACCGCUCUCGGACCAGAAUCAACCCUGACUCGUUGCGCCUUGAGUUCAAGCGCUUCGAGGACGUCGAAGAGAAGGGCAACACUACGACUCACCGCCAGCAGGAGCAGGAGACGGGCCCGCUUGCGACCAGGUCUUCGGGCGCAGCAGCCAGCAGCUCGGAGGCGACGCCAGCGGGGACGCAGCUGACAGACAUCGAGGGCGGCGCGAACGAGACUCCGUUGAAGGUGCCAGCGCCGAAGGCGGCCGCAGCGGCAUCGCCGCCCACGAAGCAGAAGGGCAAGGGCUCCACCAUGUGCAAGGGCAAGGGCAAGGGCUCCAAGGAGAAGCAGAAGGGCAGGGGCGCCCAGCGCGGCGGCAUGCGCAAGGUUCACAACCCGACGCAGCUGGCCAGGAAGGUCAAGGAAGUCAGCAACAAGUACAGCCAGGUCACUGGCAGGGCGAACAACCUGGUCGACCUGAUCGACGGCAACCUCGCGAACCCUUCCGAGCCCCACGAGUGGACUUGGGCGCGCAGUGACCGAUUUGGCGGGAAGCUCAAGCGCGCCAUCGAGCGCGUUGAGGGGCACUUGCCGCAGUCGGGCCAACUGCACUACGUCUUCAAGCUCGGCGGAGACCUGGACUACGACAACAUCGACAUUCACGCCGUGUCGGCGGAGCUCGAUGAGAUCAACGACUCCCUCGAUAACGCGUUCGCCAUCGCGAAGAAGAUCCGCAGCAUCGCCGAG